UCCAAACAUUAGGACUGAACAGGUGUUCUUAUCUGUCCAAUGCAGAAUGAAGGUGGACACGGAGGGAAUUUACGAGUGCACGGAAACUGGUUUGAUAUUUGAGGUUAACAGAAAAGUUGACAUCAAGUAUUGCAUCUUGUCCUGGAGCAAAUAUGCAGACCUGGUUGUUAAGCCCUGGGCUGUUGGGGGACCCUUGUUUGAUGUUAAAUGUGACCCAGCCUGUCUUAACUCCAUUCAGUUGCCACAUUCCCUCUGCUUGGGUCACCAUGACGCCAAUAUGACAUUCAAAGUCUUACAUGUCAAAAGUUCUGGGUCCUCAUUAGAAUAUGCUGUGGAUCAUUCUACAACCCAUGUCAAAUGGCACGUGAGCUCUCUUUCUCCUGUGGGACCUGUUAUUCAAAGUGAAGAGACGUUAUACCACCAUGGGGCUGUGAUUCUGUACAAAGUCAUUGACCAUAAUCCAUCCUUGUCUUUUCGUGUGUACAUAGCAACCAAUAAUGAGUCCUUCAUCAAGGAUAUUUCCAAGUCUGUAAAGCACUCUUCUAAGAAAUUCAUGAAAAUCGACAAGCCUCCUGUUUGCCAGAAGUUACUGCAGAAUGGGAAGAAAUAUAGACUGAUCAGUGAACCGGAAGCUGAUAUUACCCCAGAGGAAAUUGAAUUUGUGGAUGGUUCACUUUUAAAAUUGAAAAGUUAUAUUGAAGUGUAUUUGGAGCAACCAGUGGAGUUUAAAUUACUGUUGGUUGAAAUGGAUUCCGAGGAAAUUGUAUGGAAAGCGAAACUGAGAGAAUGUGACUGGGUUCAGCAAGACCGGAGCCGGAACGUUUCGAAAAGCAGCACAAGUGGUAAGAGGCGACGAAAGCUGAGCAACACCUUACCUGAUGAGGAGGCCUGUGAUAAAAGAAUGAAGAUGGUUGAUACCUCAGAUGGCACGCAGACCCUGUUAACAGACACUCAGUUGAGUACCCUUGCUGAGAAGUUGGGGAAGGAGUGGGUAAAAAUCGCCAUUGUCAACCUGGAGUUGGAAAUUAGUGAUAUUGAUAUCAUCCGGGAGACGAAAGAAAAUGAUAGAAUCUGUAAGUUUAGGAUGCUGAAGAAGUGGCAAGAAAAGGAGCAGAGUAAUGCCACCGUCCAGAAUUUAUAUAACUGCCUAAAGAACGUCUCCGCUGAAAUCCAAGCUGUGCUGGAAGGUUUCUUACAGGCAAUAUGAAAUGUGGAGGAUGAACUGAAAAAGGAAGCCUCAGGAACUUUUACCUGCAAAACACCAUUUCCACUGAUAAUUGGUUAUAGACUUGAUGAGACCUUGAACUUCACAGUCUGUGGAAGGGACGUCUUUAUAGUCAGCCACUCUAUAGCUUGCAUUAUCCAGGGGUAAAAAGAAUGCAAGCUAUUUGGAAAACUUGAGGAAGAAAACACCUCUAUUAUGUCAAGAUUUAUUUUUAUUUUUAUUUUUUCCCCCACCUCCUCCUCACACAGCCUCAGCCUGCUGCCCCACCCAAACAGGUAUAAUUACAAGGGGUGCUUAAAAUGACUCAGGUGAGAAAUGUGGUAAUUUUCUUUUUUGGAAUCUGUGGACUAUGAAAUUCCUAACAAGAGUUUGAAACAUUUUUAGCAAUUAAAUAGUUAAACUUGCACCCAUUUAGUUCAGCUUUUAUCAUAUUGACAUUAAUGAAGAGAGAGGUUCCUGUCUUUUUAGCUCCCACACAAACAGGCACACGUGCCUUUAGGCACAAUAUAUCUUUUUAUGUGGGAUAUGAUUUCUGUAUCUCACAUUACUAACCUAUCUGGCUAGUGGCCUGUUAAACCCUUAGACCAAUCAUGUUACCUGGCCCUAGAGUGAUUAGAAAUGAAUGUAAUCCUCUCCCAUCAUGGUGUUGCUAUGCACACUCAGAGUUGAUCUCCUCACCUUACCAGGCAAGUUCAACUGGAUCAAUUAUCAGAGUUGCUGCAAUUUUCAUCAACUUUCCAAAAUCACCAGGCCAAACACUACAUUUCUUGACUUUCACCCUGGGGUCAUUUAUUUCCUGGGGGUGGGGGUGGGGUGGGGAAUACCCACUCAGAAAUAGCCUUAGCAGGACCAAGUGAAACUGCCAUCUCUUCUUGAAGAAGACUUGCCCCAGGGACUCAUGGGCCACAUUGGCUCUUGUUAAUUGGUGAAAUGGUUUUUUUUUGGAGGGGCAUAUGUAUAGAUAUUGUUACUGUCCCAGAAUCAUGCAUGUGGUGAUUAACAUUUUGGAUAUGUUUUGUUAACUUAUUUGAAGAAACUAUAAAUUACCAUUAGUCUUCUGUCAACAUUAGUUGGAGAGUAAAAUAAAUCUCAAUGAAUUAAUCAGAGAAACACACUUUAUUGUUUUGCCUGUGAAGAACACAUUUACUUUAUAGGGAAGAAUAUAUUUUUAAUUGUCAGGGAUCCUGUGGAAUUCGAAUCUGUGUCACUUUAUGAGUUUUCUUUUUUUUUUAAUUGUACUAUAUUUUAGGAAACACAUGGAGUUUUAACAUUCGGAAAUAUAAACUAUUUAACUUGAAUUUUUAAAUGUUUAUUAUUUUUUAUAAGUUGUUUUUUGAAGAAAAGCAUCAUUUCAGUGGUGCUUUGUAUAUAAGCUGGUUUCCUAACAAUUUACAGCCUUUUUCAUACUGUGGAUGAAGGGAAGAAAAAUAAACCUGCAUUUGUACAGUG